CUCGCUUUGCUCGCAAGGAAAAUGGACAUUACAGUAGCCGUAUUUCUUGUGACCCUUGCCAACUGUCUUCUAUUAUGCUUGAACUGUUCAGACGUCUGUGGAAAUGAUAGAUGGCAACUUUACUCACGCAAUGCCAGCAGUUCUUGUUUUAGUGAGAGGAGAGACAACAUUCCUUCACUGUCAUGCAAAAAGCUGAUGGGGGCAUUCCCAAUUGAUGAAAUCGAUGCCAACUACAUACGCACUGUUAAAAGAUGUGUUUUUUCACAGUCAUAUCCCACUCCCCUGAAAGGCCCUCUAAAGUUAGCAGCUGUCUCAAAGGAGGUGCUUGAAAGUGUCUUGGAUGUUGAUGUGUCUGUAUCACUCUCGGAGGACUUUCUGUUGUACUUCAGUGGGGGUAAACUCUUACCUGGCUCAGUUCCCCUUGCCCAUAGAUAUGGAGGCCACCAGUUUGGCUACUGGGCAGGUCAGCUUGGGGAUGGACGAGCUCAUUUGCUGGGUCAAUACACCAACAGGAAGGGUGAGACAUGGGAACUUCAGCUGAAAGGGUCUGGAAAGACUCCCUAUUCACGGUCUGGAGAUGGGCGAGCAGUUGUACGCUCCUCAGUUAGAGAGUUCCUGUGCAGUGAGGCCAUGCAUCACCUGGGGGUACCCACCUCCAGAGCUGCCAGCCUCAUAGUGAGUGAUGAACCAGUCUGGAGGGACCCGUUUUAUAAUGGCAGUGUACAAAAGGAGAGAGGAGCAGUGGUUCUGCGUUUAGCCAGGUCUUGGUUCCGUAUAGGGUCUCUUGAGAUCCUGACUCGCUCUGGAGAACUGGAUCUCCUUAGAACAGUAUUGGACUUUGUCAUUGAGGAACAUUUUACAACUAUUAAAACAGAUGACCCAGACAAAUAUGUGGCUUUGUUCUCUGCAGUUGUAAAUGAAACUGCUCAUGUGAUAGCUCAGUGGAUGUCUGUUGGAUUUGCACAUGGUGUGGGAAACACAGACAAUUUCAGUCUUCUGUCCAUCACCAUAGAUUAUGGACCAUUUGGAUUCAUGGAGGCCUAUAAUCCAAAUUUUGUACCCAAUACCUCAGAUGACGAGGGGCGAUACAGUAUUGGAGCCCAGGCAAAUGUGGGCCUUUUCAAUCUGGAGAAGCUUCUGGAAGCUCUGUAUCCUGUACUCAAUCCCAGCCAGCAGUCAUGGGCUAAACAUAUUUUAAAAGACUUCCCGCAGAUAUAUCAGAAACGAUUUCAACAGUUGUUCAAGGCAAAGCUUGGUCUAGACGGAGAGGAAGAGAGUGAUGAUGGAUAUCUGAUAGCAUUUCUUCUAAAGAUGAUGGAGGACACUAGUGCAGACUUCAGCAUGACCUUCAGACAUCUGAGUGAAGUCUCAGCCCAGCAGCUGCAGAGCAGGAGCAUCCCAAAGGCAAUGUGGGCUUUGCAAGACCUCUCUCAGCAUGAGUACUUCUCUGAGUGGGUGAACAUGUAUCUGCCAAGGCUCCAACGGGCACACCGUUCAGACGAGGUUCGCCAGCACCGGAUGAGAGGGGUCAAUCCGAGGUAUAUCUUGAGGAAUUGGAUGGCAGAGUCUGCUAUUCGAAAAGCAGAGAAGGAUGAUUUCUCUGAGGUGAGGUCACUGCAGGAAGUGCUGUCCAGGCCGUACGUGGAGCAACCCCUGGCCGAGGAGCGAGGCUACGCCGGCCCACCUCCUCACUGGGCAAGGGCGCUCAAGGUCAGCUGCUCCUCCUGACGGACGCCACAAGGUCAAAGGUUAAAGAGCACCUCUUUACCCAGGAUGAACUGUGACAGCCCUCUCAGGAAUAUCAGUCCGCGCUACUGAAUCAAGCCAGUCUGUGGGGAAAUGAAAGGUCAGAUGGACAGAUGCUGGUUCGCCGCACAGAAUCACACUUCCUUUAUCCUUAAAGUCCCUCUCAGGUCUUACGCACAAAUAAGCAUGUUAUUGCUGGUUAAAGAGACCAUGGUUCACCAUUCAUGACACCAUACUGCUCAUCCAAACGCCAUAUGACCAGAAUGGCAUAAUGCCAUAUGGCAUUUGGAGGAACAGUACGGUGUCAUGAACAGUGACUCCAUGAGGGGUGGUUGUGGUGUGGUGGUUAAGGAGCUGGGCUAGCAUACAGUAGCCUAAAAAGUUGUGGGUUCAAUUCUCAGCUUCCACUGUUGUGCCCUUGAGGAAGGCAUUUAACUC